AUGGCCUGUUCAGCACCUGUUGAAGACGGAGCCGGCUGCUCCAGCACCGCGUACCACGUCACGCCUCAAGGCGACGACCUCUUCCGGCCGCUCCGUCGUGCCUGGCUGCAGCGUCUUGCCAACUCCGGACUCGUCCACAAGAUUGUGUCCGCCAUCUCAUCCGGCGCCAAGGCUCCUCCGCUGUCGCCAGGACCGCUAACGCCCUUCUUUGGUGACCUUCGCUCGUUUCUGCAUGUCGAGUCCGACGACACUUGGGCACACCUGCGGCAAAUCACACCAGGACAGCCUUUCCGCAUCUCCCUCUGGCACGCUCUGUCUUUGUUAUUUAAAGAUCCUGAUGUGGACCUGUUCCCCCACUUGCGCAAUGGCGUUCCGUUGGGUUUCGCUCAGCCGAUCCCGCCGUGCCCCGUUCUGACUCCGCUCUCGGAACCGACCGCCCGGCCCCAGAACUUUGCCAUGAUUGUGAGUCCGCUUGGAAAUCCGCUCUGGAUCAUCCUGAGCUAG